AUGUCUGACUACAAAGAUGCCGAGAAACAGUAUGGAGACGGCAAUGGCAUUCAUCCCACAACAUCCGUUGGUCAGGGAACUCAUCGGCGCGCGUCUAUCACAGAUGCGGUCUUCGGAGAGAUCUCAGAAGGUGGCCCCAAUUAUCGUGCUGUCGGCUGGAAAGGAACCGCCGUGUUGAUGCUGAAAACGCAAAUUGGCUUAGGUGUUCUAUCCAUCCCACAAGUGUUCCACAGUCUCGGCCUGAUUCCCGGCGUGAUUUGUUUGUUGGUAAUUGCCACAAUGACAAGUUGGUCCAACUACAUUGUCGGUGUUUUCAAAUUGCGACAUCCCGACGUGUACGGUAUCGACGAUGUUGGUCGCAAACUGUUUGGCCGCAUCGGCUAUGAGCUAUUCGGCAUCACAUUCGCCCUUUAUUGGAUCUUUGUUGCCGGAUCAGGAAUGUUGGGCAUUUCCACUGCCCUGAAUGCACUGUCGUCUCAUGGUGCUUGUACUGCCAUAUUCGUUGCUGUUGCCGCCAUAAUUGGAUUCGGGUUGGGGAGCAUUCAAACUCUAGGGAAAAUCUCUUGGCUUGCCUGGAUUGGAGUGGUUAGUAUUCUUAGUGCCAUCUUGAUCUUGACCGUAUCAGUUGGCCUUCAAGAUCGUCCCGCUGAUGCGCCUGUGACUCCCGGUCCUUUCAAGUCGGAUUACGAACUUUUCGCUCACCCCAAAGCUGCCGAUGCUUUCGCGUCCCUCUCAUCGAUUGUUUUCGCCUACGCAGGAACCCCAGCGUUCUUCAACAUUGUUUCUGAGAUGCGCGAACCUCAUCAUUAUACCCGAGCUCUUAUUGUCUGCCAAUCGACAAUGACUGCUGUUUACAUUGCCAUUGGAGUUGUAGUGUACUACUUCUGUGGAUCCUACGUAUCAUCACCCGCACUGGGAUCAGCUGGACACACGAUGAAGAAAGUGUGCUAUGGUAUUGCCCUGCCAGGGUUGAUGGUUAGCACAACUCUGUUCGUGCAUUUCGCCGCCAAGUACUUCUUUAUGCGUAUUCUUCGAGGAUCACAACAUCUAACCCGGAACACACCAACCCAUUGGAUUACCUGGAUUGGUUGUACAGCGGGUAACGCCAUUGUUGCGUAUGUCAUUGCUAGUGCCAUCCCCGUAUUUGGUGGACUUGUAUCACUUGUCGGAGCUCUCUUAGGCACCCUAAUGUCGAUUCAACCGAUGGGUUGCAUGUGGCUUUACGAUAACUGGCGUGAAGCACGGACUACCAAGUGGAUGUUAAUGGUUGGCUGGUGCGCCUUUAUGAUUAUUGGUGGUUGGUUCCUGACCAUUGCCGGUACCUACGGAUCUAUUGUUGGUAUUAUGGACAGCUAUAAAGCAUCGGGUGGAUCCUCUGCGUGGAGUUGCGCCGAUAACUCAAAUUCGUCAUAA